AUGUCUCAACAAGCUGUUACGUCAGAGCAUGAAUUUUCAGGCCAUGUGUGGUGGAAAGGAGAAAAAGAGUACAAAUACCACCUCCAUGAUGUUGUGUACUGGAUGGAUGAUGCUCAAUUACCAAGAGGGGAUGCAUAUUUUGAGAGGACUUUGAUGACACAUGGAGGCAAGGGAAAGAUAGUUGAGAUAAGGCCUCCAUCAGAAUCUAUAGUGAGAUUGCAAGUAUACUGGGAUGCCAGUAUCCCAGCAGCUGCCAAUGGGAUUCUGGAGGAACUCCAUGAGGAGUCUCAUUAUGAGGACUGGUUUUUAAUCUGGUUCUUCCAAGGUGGGCUCAAAGGGUUCCAGCCCAUUAAGGGGCUAUGUGAUGGUCCUUCCUCUGGGAGGUGGGAUCUGGAGAAGGAACUCCAAGCCUUUCAUGGCAGGAAGGGUUGGAUUCUGGCUGCAGCUGAUGAGCUUUGGAUGCUUGCCUCUGAGGCCAAGGAUCUGGAGAGUGCAGCCAGCAACUUCAUAAGUCCAAAGGUUGAAAUGUUUUUGCAGGAGGGAAUUGAACAUGAGGGGGUUUACAACAAGUACCAGUAUGGUUCAGGGGUUGGGGCAGGUUGUUUUGACCACCUUUCUUUUGUCAUCCUCUGCAAGCUCACCUUCUUCUGUCAACCUCUGUACUGUCAACCUCUGUAA